UCUGGGGAGCGUGAGCCAGUGGGUGGCGCGCGGCGCAUGGUGGCGGCUCCUCUCGGAGCGCAGCCGACCCGCUGACCUGGGCUCCGUUCCCCCUUGCCCAGCGCGCCUUGCAAGCCGACUGGAGGCAGAAACAGCAGCAGUACUAACAGGAGCAGCGGCGGCUGCUUCGCCGCGGGAGCAUGGAGUGCGCCUUGGACGCCCAGAGCCUGAUCAGCAUCUCCCUGCGCAAGAUCCACAGCUCCCGGACCCAGCGCGGCGGCAUCAAGCUGCACAAGAACCUCCUAGUGUCCUACGUGCUCCGCAACGCGCGCCAGCUCUACCUGAGCGAGCGCUACGCCGAGCUCUACCGGCGCCAGCAGCCUCCGCUGCAGCCGCAGCCGCCCCUCCACCAGCACCAGCCCCUCGGUUACGCGGCGGCGGCGCCCGGCAUGCCGGCCAGCGCGGCCGACUUCGGCCCACUCCAACUUGGCGGCGGCGCGCCCUCCGCGCCCUCCGCGCCCCCAGGGGCCGCCCCUCCGGCCGCCGCCUCCCCGCCCAUCUCCCCGGCCCCCGCCUCCUCCGGCUUCUACCGGGGCGCGUACCCGGCCCCCUCGGACUUCGGCGUUCACUGCAGCAGCCAGACCACCGUGCUGGACCUGGACACACACGUGGUGACCACGGUGGAAAACGGCUACUUGCACCAGGACUGCUGCGCCUCCGCCCACUGCCCCUGCUGUGGCCAGGGCGCUCCGGGACCGGGCCUGGCGUCCGCCGCCGCUGGGUGCAAGCGCAAGUAUUACCCUGGCCAGGAGGACGAGGACGACGAGGAGGAGGAAGAGGGCGACUUGGGGGCCGAGCCCCCCGGGGGCGCCCCGUUCGCCCCCUGCAAGCGCGCCCGCUUCGAGGACUUCUGCCCGGACUCGUCCCCGGACGCGUCUAACAUCUCAAACUUGAUCUCCAUCUUUGGCUCGGGCUUCUCGGGGCUGGUGAGCCGACAGCCGGACUCCGAGCAGGCGCCGUCGCUCAACGGGCAGCUGUGCGCCAAGCAGGCGCUCGCCAGCCUCGGCGCCUGGACUCGAGCCAUUGUCGCCUUCUAGGGACCCCCGUGGGCACAGGGACCCCGGGCCCCGCGGGGCUAGGGCCAGACAAAGACUCGACCAAGGGGCGAGAGGAGGGAGAAAGCAGGCGCCCAGCCACUCGGACCUGAGCUGGGGGCGAGCAGGGGGAGGCGGCUGAUGUUUUAUAACUGUAAAAUAAAAAAA